UUUUAUGUCGCGUACAGUGUUGGAGUUCUGCAGCAAUUGGAUGGAAAAGUGAGGAAGGAAUCGUGUCUUUCCAUCUGAUGCUGAAACCAGACGGCGCCCACCUUCAUUCCACGAUGGAAUUCUAUUACCCCAAUAGAAAAAUAAGGACAUACUCCACGGCUUUGUGCGCUCUACGCAAUCCUUAAAUUGUUGCUACAUUAAGCCUGUAAUUGGGUUGGAUAAGUUUCAUUUCAUCGUUCCCUUUGGCUUUGAGUAAGUUUCUUAUCUUUCUAUUUUUUCUGCCAAAAUCCUUAUCAUCUUGAUUUUUCUGGGACCCAAGUCCUUGAUCUGUUGUUUUUUAAAGUUUUCAUGCCUAAUUUCUUCGCAUCCAUCAUUAGUGGGCUUCCUCGUUUCUUUUCUGAAGAUUUAAUCUUGUUUAUAUAUUGAUAUGGAUAUUGUUUUUCUUCUUUUCUUUUUUAUUUAUCAAUGACUUGUUGCUUUGUCUAGGUAUUAGGUAGCUCUGGCUGUAUGGCUCGCUUUUGCACCGUAAAGAACAUUUCUUGAAUUUACCUAUUGCUUCCAAGCUCUCUUCUUUUCAGGGUGAUUUUUUUUUUUUAAUUUAAUUCAUCAACGUUUUCGAAUCCGAGGUACACAAAACAUUUGCUCGGCUUGUUUUACAUUAUUUUCUUAUGAUCUGUGAAUAUGUGAGAACAUGUUAUUGAAUUUUUAAACAAAAUAUCGAGUAUUCAUGUUUGUUGUCUGUAACCAAGUUCGGUAAGCUUGGCAAAGAUUGGCUUCCUGGGUAGGGAUUGCUUGCGAAGGAAAUGCAUUGCGAGAGGGAUUGGGAAAUGGGUAUGUAGUUAGACAUAUUUUUGUUGUAAGAUGGAUUUGCAGGGUAAUUCUCAGCCUGAAUCGGGAAAACUGGAACAAAUCGUUUCCCAAUUUCUAUUAAAGAGCUUACACAUUAUUCUGGACUCGAGGGUUCCUUCUCGUCGUCCACAUGGUCGUAGUGGGGACCUGUCAUCGGCUUCUCAUGUGAGAAAGAGUGACAAAUGGUUCAACUUAGUAUUAGGUGACCGUCCUGCAGCUCUGGAUAACUUGAGUUUCUGGCACAGAAAUCUGAUGGAGCCAAUGAUAAUCGAUGUAAUACUGGUUCAUGAAGGUUCUAAAUCAAUGGGGGGAUCUGUUGAGACAGUUAUAGAGAGGUGGGUUGUUCAGUAUGAAAAUCCACGAGUUGUGGCUGCUCAAACUCGUGAAAGUUCUGCCUUAUACAAGAAAGCAUACAAGAAGUCAAUAAUACUUUUACGGGCUCUUUAUUCACAAAUGAGGCUUCUCCCAGCAUAUAAGAUCUUCCGGCAGCUAAGUAGAUCAAGUCAGACUUAUAAUUUUGACAUCAUUUACAAGGUGCCUUCAUUUGGUGAUCCAUUCUCAAGGGUGGACGAGGAAAUGAUGGAGGAACACAGUUUCAAUCAUGUGGAGGCCUUCCCUGGCCGCCUUUGCAUAUCUGUGGCAUACCAUAAAACACUAACCGACUUUAACCUUGAGCCUUCAACCUCAUUGCCACCAAAGAUUAUUACAGAUUAUGUUGGUAGCCCCAACACCGACCCUCUGAGGUUCUUUCCCUCUUUGGAGAAGGGUGUUCGUGCUAUUUCCUUUCCAUUGAGAGCAGUACGAGCUCCAUUUCCUGUGCCAUUUCAACGUCCACACAGCUGGACAAGUGGCUUCCACAGAGAAGCUUUUUCUGCACAAAAUCAACCCGUUGUUGGAUCUCCACCUGCAUAUCGCCCAUCUGCUUUGCCAUAUGACUGCCCAUCUCCACCUACUGAUAUAUAUAGUAAUAGAGUUCCAAAUUAUAGAAUGCCAAUCCAUCAAAGGACUAUUAGUUAUGAUGGUUAUCAGCUUUCACCUCCAUUCUCUCCAUCUCCAUCUCCGUCUUCUCCAUCAUAUGUCUCCACUGGUAAUCAUCCUAUGCGAACACGUGUACGUCCAGAAACUGCUCCUGUAAGUAUACCACUUUCAAUGGCAAGCAGGAAUUCUAGAUACCUUUCUCCCAAUUAUUCUGAUCCAAGUAGAAUUUCUCUCCCACCUUUAUCUCCCAGAAGCAGAAAGACUGAUCCUUCAUCACAGGAGUCUCCUUGUGGAACUCCAUCUUUUAGGAAAAUAGAGUCUUUAAGGUCUGGAGAGAUGCAGAAUCAUUAUGCUGGCCAGAAGAUGAUCAGAGAUAGCAAAGAUGAUUCAGGGCGGUUCUCAGGAUUGUUAUCUUCAAGUGGCUCACCACGUAUUGGAUUUUCUAGAAGCUCCAGCAGAUUAUCUUUCCAGGAUGACUUAGAUGAUAAUAUUUUUUCAUGUCCUUUUGAUGUUGAUGAUGUUGAUACAUUGGAUAUUCAAGUCAGUCAGAAUUUUGAUGGGAAAAAAGCUUCCGAGUUUACUUCACAGUCAUUGCCAAUUGUUAAAAAAUCACAAGAUGCUGCCGUUGGUGUCCUUGUUCACAUGUUGAGGACUGCACCUCCUCUGCGCCAAGAUUCAUGUUGUUACUCAUCCCACUCAAUGAAGACUGAACUUGCGGGAGGAGUCCCUACAGCAUCUGGAUUCUUUAUGCCUCGAAAGACUGCUGAUGCACUUGAAGAGCUCAGGAGUUUCAGAGAAAUGAAAGACCUACUUCUCUCCAAGAGUGGAACUCGGGUGGUCAGCAAAGACGACGUUUGAGCUUGCUGCUUUGAUGGAUUCAUCUCUGUUUAUUGAGACAGAAAUUUAGCUCCUAAGAGAGAGGAGAUGACAACAGUUGCUGGCAAUGGCAAUGGCAAUGGCAAUGAAUGGAAGGACUACCACCGGUCCACCAUGAUGCCAAGGCUUCAAUAGAACAGAAACGGAGUGACAGAUUAUGUACAUAUCGUGACUAAAAAUAUUCACCGAUUCAUGAGAAUUGCUAUGUAAAUGUUUCGGGACCAUUCCAUUGUUUAAAUGUUUAUAGGUAAAAGUUCCAGUUCUGGUUUCCUGCAGCCAGCAAAUUUAAGUCUCUUCUUCAAGACGUGGAGAAGAAGAAUAAAACCAAGAGAAUACUACGAAGGUUGUCUAAGCAAUCUGCCAAUCACACAUGGGAAAGAAUUCAGCAACUGUACAAGCUGGCUGCUGAAAAUUCUUUGCAUUCAGCACUUCUUAAUAUCUGACAGGUUACGUAGUCUUUGUAUGAUUA